UAGAUCUCUCAUUUAAUGAAAUGUGAUUAUAGAAACGAUUACAAUCGUUUAAUGUGAUAUAAUAUAAAUAUUCCUUAUUUAUUUAUCAGAGUUUUAUUUUUCAUUUUAUGAUUUACAUGUAGAAUUUAUCGUUAAUUUCGAAGUUAUAAAGUGAUAUUUGUCUGUUCGCUUUGCGCACAUAAUUGAAAACGUUUCGUCAAAAACGUCGUUUUAUAGUAAAAUCCUGUGUAUAAAAAUAUGAAUACAACUUGGGAAGAUUUUUAUGCCAAACAUCCACCACCUCAAGAUUUUAAUCAGAACGAAAUAUUACUAAAGACAUUUGUAGAGCGACAAUUGAAAAAAGACAAGAAAGUUGUAUUAGUAACAAGUGGCGGUACAACCAUACCUUUAGAACACAAUACAGUAAGAUUCGUUGACAAUUUUAGUGCAGGAACAAGGGGAUCUGUAUCUACAGAAUACUUUUUAGAAAAUGGAUAUGCUGUAAUUUUUAUGUAUAGGCUUAAUUCUCUAGAACCGUUUUCAAGACAUUUUAAGGGACAAAAAUUAUUAGAUAUGAUAGAUGUCAGUGAACAGAAUGGGAAAAGUACAAUCACAGUUUUACCACAAUAUAAAGAAAAAUUGAUGAAAAUAUUCUGCAAGUACAAAGAAACUUUGAACCAAGAUAAACUGUUACAAGUUACUUUUACUACACUUUCCGAAUAUCUUUGGCUUCUUAGAGCUGCUUGUCAAGCAUUGGCUUGUCUUAAAAAUAAAGCGAUAUUGUAUCUUGCAGCUGCAGUUUCAGAUUUCUAUAUUCCAUCCAAUGAAUUGUCGAUUCACAAAAUUUCUUCUAGUGGACCACCAACAAUAUCCUUACAGUUAGUACCAAAAAUAUUAGCUCCUCUUGUAAGUUUGUGGGUUCCGCAAGCUUUUGUAGUAUCGUUUAAACUAGAAACUGAUGAAAAUCUUUUAAUAUCAAAAGCAAGAAAUGCACUAAAUAAGUACAAACACAACUUAGUUAUAGCUAAUAUGUUGCAAACUCGAAAACAGCAAGUAACAAUUGUCAGUCAAGAAGACAAUUAUGUUAUUUCUCUCACUAACGAUCAAUUAAAUAAAGGUGAAGAAAUCGAACAAUCGAUAGUCAGUGUUCUCAUUGACAAACAUCAAACUUUUAUACAGUCUACUGAAAAAUGUAAUUGAUAUAUAUUUUAUAUAUGUACAUUCAAUUAAUAAAACUUAAUAAAUUUCAUUAUAAAUAAUACAUAGUAAA